UAUCGAUCUAUCGUCCUUUGCAUUGAAUUCCUUCUGUUCCUCUAAAUAUAUAUAUAUAUUUAUUUGCAGAGAAAGCAAAGAGAGCGGAGAGGAGAGAGAAAAACAUAACAUAGGAAAUAAAAACAGAAAAAAGAAAGGAAAAAGCAUGGAUCGUUUACGUUGUUAUAGCAUGCUUGGUCUCUUUUCCCUCCUCCUCCCUCUCUUUUUCUUCGUUUCCAACGCGGCUUUCAACAACCUCUCCACCAUCCCUUUCAACCAGGCCUACGCACCUCUCUUCGGCGACGGCAACCUCGUCCGCUCCCCCGACGGCAAAGGAGUCCGCCUGCUCCUCGAUCGCUUCACAGGUUCGGGUUUUAUCUCCUCCAAUCUAUACAAACAUGGCUUCUUCAGCGCCAACAUCAAGCUGCCAUCGGAUUACACGGCCGGAGUCUGUAUUGCUUUCUAUACAUCUAACGGUGACGUAUUCGAGAAGACCCACGACGAGCUGGACUUCGAGUUCCUAGGGAACCUUGAAGGGAAGCCAUGGCGCUUCCAGACCAACUUGUACGGAAAUGGUAGCACAAGCCGCGGCCGGGAGGAGCGAUACCGCCUUUGGUUCGAUCCGACCAAGCAGUUCCACCGCUACAGCAUCCUUUGGACGGCCAAAAAUAUUAUAUUUUACAUUGACGAAGUUCCUAUCAGAGAGGUUGUAAGAAAUGAUGCAAUGGGCGGCGACUACCCAUCAAAGCCGAUGUCCUUGUACGCCACCAUAUGGGACGCUUCAAAUUGGGCCACGUCUGGUGGUAGAUACAAAGUGAACUACAAGUAUGCACCCUUUGUAGCCGAAUUCAAGGACCUUGCCCUAGAGGGCUGCCCCGUGGACCCAAUUGAGCAAGUCCCGGCAGCAGGCGUUUGUGCCGAAAAGGAUGCUCGCCUUGACGUCCAAGACUAUUCCGUUGUCACGCCAAACCGCCGCCUUGCCAUGCGCAACUUCCGCCAAAAGUACAUGUACUACUCCUAUUGCUAUGAUUUGCUAAGGUACCCUGUUGCACCACCCGAGUGUGUUAUUAUCCCAUCAGAGAAGCAGCGGUUCAAGGACAGCGGAAGACUCAAGUUUGGAGGAAGCCACCGCCGCCAGUCAAAGAGGCGGAGCCGGGUUUCGGUUACUUCUUCAGGCUCUAAUGCUAGUGUUUGAUACCUAUUUAUAUGUAAAUUGAAACGUUAUGGUGUUGAUUUUUUAUUUUAUUUUUUUUAUUUUUAUUGAAGUACAUUUUUUACUAAAAUAAAUAUAUAAAACAUUAUCUUAA